ACAGGUGGCAGGGAUGAGCCUUCCAGCUAUAUAUGCACCACGUGUAAGCAACCCUUCCCCAGUGCCUGGUUCCUGCUACAGCAUGCCCAGAACACCCAUGGAAUUCGCAUAUACCUAGAAUCAAACCUUUCCAGCACAGCCCUCACCCCACGCAUCACCAUGCCUCCACCCAUGGGAAGCGAUGCCAUCCCACAGUCCCCCCUCACCAAUUUUCUUGGCGACAACAACCCAUUCCACCUCCUGAGGAUGACAGGCCCCCUGCUUCGGGAGCCUCCCCCAGGCUUCAUGGAGAACCGCCUGCCCAACACGCCCCCCUUUGUCAGUCCACCUCCCCGCCAUCACAUUGACUCCCAUCGGCUGGAACGCCUUAGCGCAGAGGAAAUGGGCCUCAUCUCUCAGCAUCCCAGUGCCUUUGAGAGGGUGAUGCGGUUAACGCCAAUGGCCAUGGAGUCCCAGUCCAUGGACUUCUCUAGGCGAUUACGUGAGUUGGCAGGGAACACCAACAGCACCACACCACCGUUGUCACCCAGCAGGGCCAACCCUAUGCACCGACUACUAAACCACAACCCCUUUCAGCCUGGGCCAAAAUCACCUUUUCUGAGCACCCCACCCUUACCUCCAAUGCCCCCAAACAGCACCACCCCUCCCCAGACACAGAACAAGAUCAAGUCAUGUGAGUUCUGUGGUAAAACCUUCAAAUUCCAGAGCAACUUGGUGGUGCAUCGGCGCAGCCAUACUGGAGAAAAACCAUACAAGUGCCAGCUAUGUGACCACGCUUGCUCUCAGGCAAGUAAGCUGAAGCGCCACAUGAAGACCCACAUGCACAAGGCUGGAUCCCUGACUGGGCGCUCAGAUGAUGGACUGUCUACCACAAGCUCCCCAGAGCCAGGCACUAGUGAUGUCACAGGUGAGGCCAUGAAGAAUCGCGAUGAGGACUUUCAAGAGGAAGGAAAUGAGGAGGAAGAGGAGGAGGAAGAGGAGGAAGAACUUGAGAAUGAAAGUCGACCAGAUUCCAGUUUCAGCAUGGAGUCUGAGUUCUACCGGAACAGGGAAAAUGGCUCUAAACCACCGUCAGAAGAGAAAUCAUCAUUUGCCCUUGAGAAGAUGGUGGACGGUGGGCGGUUAAAUUCUAUACAGCAGUACAAUAAUUUGAUAGUUGACAAUCGUAAAAGGAUCCCAUUCUCCAAGAGAUGCUCAGAUGGACAGAGGGACACAGGGGAUGAGGACUCAGUGGCUGGGGAAAUGGAUCACCAUCAGCAGGAGGAGAGGACAACUAUUAAUGGCCGGAAUUGUGGCUCUGGUGACUCCUUCUCGGGCCUGUUUCCCCGUAAGCCAACCCCCAUCACCAGCCCUAGCCUGUCCAAUUCCUCAAAUAAGAGGAUCAAGAUUGAAAAGGACUUAGACAUUCCCUCAGCAACUCACAUCCCUUCUGAGAAUGUGUACUCCCAGUGGCUCGUGGGCUAUGCUGCCUCACGGCACUUCAUCAAAGACCCUUUCCUAGGCUUCACUGACUCCAGACAAUCUCCAUUUGCCACCUCCUCUGAGCACUCAUCUGAGAAUGGCAGCCUGCGGUUCUCAACACCUCCAGGUGAUCUGCUGGAUGGUGGCCUAUCGGGCCGCAGUGGCACUGCUAGUGGAGGCAGUACGCCUCACCUGGGUGGAGGCCCAGGUCCUGGCCGACCCAGCUCCAAGGACAGCAGGAGAUGUGACACCUGUGAAUUUUGUGGCAAGGUGUUUAAGAACUGUAGCAACCUCACAGUCCACCGGCGCAGCCACACUGGGGAGAGGCCCUACAAGUGUGAGCUGUGCAAUUAUGCUUGUGCUCAGAGCUCCAAGCUCACACGCCACAUGAAGACACACGGCCAACUUGGUAAGGAGGUUUACCGCUGUGACAUUUGCCAAAUGCCCUUCAGCGUGUACAGCACUCUAGAAAAACAUAUGAAAAAAUGGCAUGGAGAACAUCUGAUGACCAAUGACGUCAAAAUUGAACAAACAGAGAGAACCUAAUCCAGGUCCUCUGUUUCCCUACUCUGCACCACAUUUUGACAGAAAAAAUGAACAGAAUGUGGUAGCUUUUUUCUUAAUUAUUAAUUUUGGAUUCAUUUUGUGUUUUUAAGAAACUGCCAGCUGAGAAAAAAAAAGUCAAAACAAAGUUCUUAACACCAAUUGAAGCUCUCUAUACUGCCUCAUUUGGGGUUCCUUUUUAAACAAUCAGUCAGUUGAGUUGUAUGUGGAACCUUUAAUUGUGCAAUAAUUUCUAUAUUUAUUGGAUUUUGUAUUUUGGCAUGUGCAGGUACAUUUUUAUUUAGGUGUUUUAGGCAAAAUGUUUUAUUUUCUAUGUUACUCUGUUUUUUUAAAAACCCACAUGAUAACCUGAGAGGUUUUUUUUUUGGAAAGACAGUUGUCUAUUGUAAGUCAUCUUUUUUGGCCAUUGCUUGUAAGAAAUUGUGUGUUAAGCUAAAUGCGAUUUCUUGAAGAGAAGCUAAAUUAAAUAUUCAAUUUGAAAGUGGUGUUAACUAAGAAUGCCAAAAUUAUUUCAUUUGAUGACAUAUGCGGACAACAAUCCUUUGGCAUUGUAGCAUGAACUGAUUCCAAAACAUGUCAAUAUAAUUGGAUAUGUAGCACUGAAUGUCACAUUUGACAGUAAAUCUAAUAUAAAAGAGGAUUCCAAGGUUUUUGAAUCCUGUCUCCUUCUGAGAACAACAGUACCAGCAGAACAAAUAGACUCUAAAUAAGGCAGCUGCUGACUGGUACACAGCACUAAGCCCCCUUAUUGCCAUCUUACCUACAUUCAUACAUCCAUGUAUUCUGUUUUGCGUGAAUCCAUAUCUUGGCUAUAUUAUUUAUUAGGAGUAAACUAAACAUGAAACAUGUAAGACAAGUCUGCAUAGAGAUAAAAUAAGUGUGUGAGCACAGGGACAUCUCAGGGUGAGCUAUACUACUUUUUUUAUUGACUCAUGCAUCCAUGUGUUUCCAUUUCAUUUUAUGUUUAAAUAAUUAGGGGCAGUUGCAUCUUUUACAGCAUCCCCACCAGCCUCUUUUAAAAGCUAAUACAUUCAUUCAUAUUUGAAGCUACCGCUUCUAAUUCUAAUAUUAAUUUGGGCAGGGUAAAAGUAUGUGCAUACAUGGCCACCUCUAUAUUUCUGCAAAAAUGCUUUUAUGCUCUAAAUUUAUAAAAAUCCCUAUGCAUUUUUUGUGCAAAUAUCUUACAGUUUGUUGAAAAGUGGUACAGUAAAUUUUGACUUUCAUUGUUAUAGUAUAAUAUUUAUAAACUGAUUGAUGAAGUCACCUCUCCAGCAAUAUGAACAGGAAAAAUAUAUGUGUGUGCUGAAUUCGCAAAAAUAAUAUUAAGAGAAGAAGCAUCAGUUUGCUGAAUGCCCUUUUUGGUUUUUAAGAAUAUCAAAACCCAAGUAAGCCCAAUCCACCCUCAUUGUUAUUUUUGAAACAUACCUAAUUUUAAUGCUGUGAAAUUACAAAUUUAGAGCUCCUAACAGACCUGCACUUUAAGAUUUUUUUCAUCACACACACACACACACACACACACACACACACACACUCACUCAAAGCUGACAGAAAAGGGUCUGGUUUUUGGAUGCUGAAGUGCCCAGGGGAGUUAGGUGAGGCUUUACCAAUGUUGGGACUAUAAAAUUGAAAAUAAUAAUAAUAAUAUAUUUGGGACAGUUUUUGUCCUGCCAUUCUGUUUGAUGUAAGUGUGCCUUGAAUACUGAUCUUCCUAUUUAUUGCCUCGGACAAAUGCAACACUUAACAUGUAAUUUGAUGUUUUAACACAAUUAUUUAAAUUAACACAAAUGAAACAAUGUUGAUCUUAGGUUUAGAAGUAUCCAGAAUUAUGCCAAUGUGUAUAUAUAUGUAUGCAUAUGUACAUAUAAAGGCACAAACUUAUAAAUCAGAUUCCUUACUCUUCAGAACAAGUCUAUCCCUCAACAGAAAAUUCCAGGAGCACACAAAAGCCACACAAAUGUCAAGGAUGCAACGUAAAUCAGGAAAUGCAGAGAGUUAAAAAAAAAGACCAAAAAAAAAAAAAAAACGUGGAAAAAAAACAAUCUAGUGCACUCUGUCUUUAAAUAAGUUUACAGUAUUGAAACAAGUAAAAGGUUGAAAUAAUAUUUGUGUGUAUGUGUUUUAAACAAUGAAGUAUUUUUUUUUCCAAGUUUGCUUCUAAAGUUUCUCUGAAUGCCAUAGUGGCAAAGUGCAUAUUCUUUCUUUUCUUUAUUUCGUUCUUUCUUUCUUUUUUCUUGGUGAUGGGAUUUUAAAAUAUAUAUAAAUAUAUAUGAAUAUAUAUUACAUUUUCCUUGUUUACUGUAAAAGUAUACCAGUAUUUGUAAUAUUGGAGAAUGUCUGGGCAUUUUACAAAUAGAAAACAAAUUGGUUUUUUAUCUUUUAUUUGCAGUUAAAUUAAAAUUGUGGGUCUCUGUUUUUGUCGCUGUAUCUGUAGUCUUAAGUUUUAGAAACUUUAUCUCUGCCUUGGGUGUAAUGAAAUGAAAAAUAAAUUAAUUAAAAAAUGACUGAGCUGUAACAAAUGUGCAUUUGGUGGUGGGAUGGCUGUUCUGGUGAGGGUGAGUAGAUAAGUGCUUCAUUAGCUGAUGGAGGUUUUUUUAGAACACAGAUUCUGCUUUUCAGAAAAAAACGCACUGAGAAUCCUGACUUGUAUCUAUUUUUCGUCAUUUGGAAUGGAUUAUUCUUUGUGGAUGGUUUGAAAUACAUGUGUAGGCACUUGUCUUUCGUAAAGAGCUUGUCUUUUUUAACUUGUAGGCUACGUGCAUCCUUUUGUGAAUAGGGUACUCUGAGUACUUUGGGACAUCUUGCUCUUUUAUAUGGUUCCAGGUGUGGGGGGUGACUUUAUUCCAAUGACAAGACACAACUCACAGGCUGCUAUGAUAUAUUUUUCCUCUCAUGGGGCAGGACAGUUAAUGUGAUGAAUUUGUAUUGUUGUAAUUAAUCACAUUGUACAGAAGGGGAAGGAAAGAUUGUUCCACGGCCUGUUAGUAACAAAUCAUAAGUCAGUGUUUUGUUUACUGUUCCAUUGGUUGUAUAUAGUUUUAUUCUUUUUUCAUUUUGUUUGACUUUUUUACUUAUUUGUUUAGAAUUUUCCAACCGGCGCUGGUAGUGAUUUCCAGUGUCUGGGGAUGAAUUUGGGGAGUUAUUCUGUUUGGCCUUUGUGACUGCCAUGCCAGGUCAGGCACAUGCCUCCCCCUCCGGGAAUUCAGAGCACAAAUACAAGCUGUUCCAGAUCUUCAUCCUCUGCCUGUUUGUCUCAUUUUGUGGUUUGAGCAGUUUGGACAUAAAGGGACCAUAAAAACACUGUACAUUCAUGUACUUUUAAAUUUUGCUUCAGGAUUAUGCCAUAAUUUAGUAGAGUCCUGAGAAUAUUGGUUACAUAUUAACUACAAAUACAUUUACUGCUGCUGACAGUGGUCACGAAGACCACCCUUCAUAUGAACACCUGCCAAUCAAAAAGUGCUGAGAUGACAAAGAAGAAAAUAACCUGAAUAUUGCCCAGCUAUUCUAUAUGUUCCAUUAAUUUAAGUACUAGUGGUUAGGGCUUGGAUAAAACCAUAAAAAACUACUGUAUUUCCCAUCAUCAGAACCUUUCUCAAAUUAGCAGAUUAAUCCAGUAAAGUUCCAUUUCAUCAUUUUCUUAUGACAGCAGACUUUCCUUGUCAGCCACAUCUGAUACUUUUCUUCUUUUCUGUUUUCACUGGCUCUCCCACUAGGUCCCUGCAAUCAAGAUUAAAUAUACUGAACGGGUCUACAUUGUCAGAUUUCUUUAGAUUUCCUCAUAUUUGUAUUAAAAAAUAAUCAAACUUGAGAAAAUGUACUUUUUGAUAUGUAAUAAUGGUAAAGAAUAUAGAGGGCUGGGGCUGGGGUUGGGCUUUUCUUGGUAAGGGGAUGCAAUGCUGUUUGUGAUGUCACUUUGUUUAAGUGCUUGAACUUAUGGGCUGCAGCUUGUGUUAUGAUGUCACUGAGGACUGGCCAUGGACACCGUUUAUUGGUAACAGUAAACAUGACGUUUAGAAUCCUGAUUUCUACUUCUGAUUUUUUUUUUGUCCAGAAUGUAAAUUGCAUAUCAGAAUUAUGGUGCAAUGAGAGUACAUUCAAAGCACAUAAAUACAUUGAAAUAAACAGUCCAUAGCAAAAUUGAGUUGUUUCAGUUUUGGCCAGUAUAAGUCAUUCAACACAUCAACCAUCAACACUCU